UAACUAGAGAUUCGAGCUCUGCUGAGCAGUAGUCAAUAGUCAUUGCGUGCGUGCGCACACUCGGAAACAUGCACCGGUGAAGACCGAAAGUAAAUAUAUCGUAACUAAUGUAAAUAAACAAACGUGAAUUCUCCUGUGACAAUUUUUCAUUUACAUUCAACAUGAAUAACAGUUACAAUAUGAAGGAAUUCAGCUCCACAGCAGUCAUCACAGAAAAUGGAGUUUUCCCUUCUACAAUUUCAAUCAACACAAUUAACACAAAAUGUAAAGAAAAUGAAGUUGAAAAUGCCUACGAACCUUUUCAUAAUAGAAAAAUGGAACAUCCUAAUUCGGACAUCAGAUCUUUUGCCAAUCUUUUAAAAUCCUCAUUGGGUUCAGGAAUACUCGCAAUGCCUGCUGCAUUCAAAAACGCUGGGACAAUUGUUGGUAUAUUCGGCACAAUAUUCCUAGGAUACAUAUGUACGCACUGUGUUUAUUUAUUGGUUAAAACUUCACAAGAUGUAUGCAGAGUUACAAAAGUUCCAUCUCUUGGAUAUGCGGAAACUGUUGAAGCAGUAUUUGCAACGGGUCCUCAGCCGUUACGGAAAAUGUCAAAAGUUAUGAGGAUAUUUAUAGAUUGGGCGAUGGCCAUCACAAUUCUUGGCGCUUGUGCUGUCUAUGUCAUCCUGCUCGUGGAAUCCGUUCAGCAGAUCGUCGAUUAUUUUUAUAAGAACAACAGUCUUACUACCACAUUGUACUGCUUAAUGUUCCUGGUGCCAAUUUUAAUAUUCACGCAAAUCAAGAAUCUCAAAUAUAUAGCUCCCUUUUCUGGGUUUGCCAAUGUGUUAUUGGUUUUAACUUUUAUGAUCUGCCUGUACUACAUUGGCGCCGAAUUCCCUAGUUUCGACUCAAGACCAAUGUCUGUUCCCGUUGGACGUUUACCACUAUUUAUCGGUACAGUUAUAUUCGCAAUGGAAGGCAUUGGAGUAGUGCUGCCAGUAGAGAACACUAUGGCUAAACCUCAACAUUUCCUGGGCUGUCCAGGAGUAUUAAAUAUCACAAUGACGAUUGUAGUCCUACUUUACAUGAUCAUGGGGAUUUUGGGAUACCUACGGUAUGGAGAGGCUGCAGAAGGAAGUAUUACGCUGAAUCUGCCUACCGAAGAAAUACCAGCAUUAAUGGCAAAAGUAUUCAUCAUCUUAGCAAUCUUCUUCACUUACAUUCUACAGUUCUACGUGCCAAUGGAAAUCGUGUGGCGUAAUACAAAACAUUUCGUAGGCCAAAAAUACCAUAAUAUUGCUCAGGGCGUUAUGAGAGCGUUCUUCGCUAUUUUAACUGUGAUUGCGGCCGCCUCGUUACCACGGUUAGAACAAGUGAUUGGGCUCGAAGGUGCAUUCUUUUAUUCAUUUCUGGGCCUUAUUGCUCCUUCGCUAAUGGAGCUCAUCUUCUGCUGGGAGCGGGGACUUGGAAAGUUUAACUACAUCCUAGUCAAGGAUGCUUCUCUCAUCGUCUUCGGUAUCUUCGUACUACCUAUUGUGUUUGGAGUUGGGGCUGUGGUAAUCUUAACAUCGGUUUUGGCACACCUUGUAUGGGGUAAAAAGACAAAAACCCUCAGGAAAAGUAAGCCACUAAUAACAUUAGUGGAUUCAAAUGUAAAGUAUCCUUUACCGUUAACUGAACGUGAGGAAAUCAGCCAUGAUACAAGAAGAUUCCGAUUGGGCCUACCCACUCCAGAACAUGUUUUGGGACUACCCAUAGGACAACAUAUACAUCUAUCAGUCAAAAUAGAUGAUGACCUUAUUAUCAGAGCUUACACUCCAGUAUCCAGUGAUGAGGAAAAAGGUUAUGUUGACUUGGUUGUAAAGGUUUAUUUCAAAAAUGUCCAUCCCAAAUUCCCUGAGGGAGGUAAAAUGUCACAAUACUUGGAAAACAUGAAGCUAGGUGACACUAUUGAUGUACGCGGGCCGUCUGGUAGACUGCAGUAUGUGAACAAUGGUGCAUUCCUGAUAAAGAAGCUAAGGAAAGAUCCACCAGUCAAAAUCACCACCAAAAAGUUGAAUAUGAUUGCAGGCGGCACUGGUAUCACACCAAUGCUACAACUUGUAAGGCAUAUAUGCACAGAUCCAUCGGACAAAACUGAGUUGAGUUUGUUGUUCGCAAAUCAAACUGAACAAGAUAUCCUUGUGAGACCCGAGCUUGAGAAAUAUCAAAGGGAGCAUCCCGAACAGUUUAAACUGUGGUACACUAUUGAUAGAGCAACUGAAGGUUGGCCAUACAGCACAGGUUUUAUCAACGAUGAGAUGAUCAAGAACCAUUUAUUUCCUCCCGGCGAUGACGUUAUUGUACUCAUGUGUGGACCUCCCCCAAUGAUAAACUUCGCGUGUAACCCUGCCUUAGAUAAAUUAGGUUAUGCAGAGAAUCUACGUUUCGCAUACUAGUUUACACGUGAAAUCUAUAGAAUUAUUAAACUCUGGCAUUUUACAAACUCGAUCGAAUUUUGUUCAUUCAUUACGUACAUUCCGUCGUAGGUAUACCGAAUUCACACUGUUUGCGCACAGAAUUUUGCGCAACGUUGUCUUACGUUACACUAGUGACUAAUACAUGUGGCCCGGCCCCACUUCCCCAUUUGGAGCCUUAUAUAUGCAUUUUUUGGUCUCGCAAUCGACCUGUAGUCAGUGACUUGUCUAUAGACAGGAUUGGUCACUUAGACAACCUGAGUCACAUCUCAGAGACUAACGCAACAUGUCUACUAGUAUGUAGUAUUUUUAAGAUACAGCCAACGACACUUCGAUUAUGUGCGUUCAGCAUUUUACAUUGAUACUAGUUUUUUAUAUGACCAAAGCUUACAAAGGGAGCGUUCAUACGAGUAAAAUACGUGAGAUGUUGAAGGGGGCCCUCCCCCCUUUGGUUGAGUCAAAUCUCAUCUAAUCUUACGUUGGAGAGAGGGGGGGGUCUCGGCCAAUAUCACGCUUUUUUUUUUCGACACGACAGGGGGGGGAGGGACAGAAAAUUCAAAAAAACACGUUACGUAAUUUAAAAAGGUUGUCUCAGUGGCGUGAAAACAGGGUUCUUGACCAAGGUCAUCAAGGUCCGUCGCCUUUAUAAGUUAUUCAAUUUUUUUAGGGUAGGCAGUGCUUCUGUGCAUGUAUGAAGUGCACGCCACUGGGUUGUUCAUAAUUUUUGUUAUUUGUAUAAUAAUUCUAUUGUUAACGCUUCUUAGAUAUAGGUAUGUUGAAUCUUUGAACUGGUUGUAGUGGUAAAUGUUUUAUAAGGCAAUAAACUAUUAUAUUAUUAUAUA